CGAAAUCGGCGCUCCUUCCAUGACGCUGCUGAAGUCAGAGCUCAUGAACAUGCUUGUGAUUGUGAUGUAGUAGAUGUAGAUGUGUGUAGCCACAUAACCUGGCGCCUGCGGCGCGGAGAAGCCAUCAUAUAUCACAAAAUCCUGGAACGAUAUUAGUCCAAGCAGCAAAGACCAGAGCAACUGUGAGCUGCAGUUCAAUCCAACAUUGCACAGUUCCAAGUUCCAACCCCCUGAGAAAACAGAGGAGAUCGGCUCUGGGCUGUGACCAUGGAGAUGUUCCUGCCUGCGAUCAUGAGCGACCUUCUCGGCAGGUCCGUGUCUUUCGUGGUCCAGCGGUACCGGCAGCAGAGCAGCGUGGACGACAGCGUCCGGCAGCUGCAGCUGUCGCUGCUCCGCGUGAGCGUCACCGUCGAGGAGGCAGAGGGGCGGCGCAUCACGAACCAGGCGAUGCUACGACAGCUCGACUUGCUGAGAGAAGCCAUGUACAGAGGGUACUACAUGCUCGACGCCCUCACGUACGGCCGUAGCCACGGAGCCGACGCGCCGCCGCCGUGCCGCCUCUUGUCCAGGAUCAACUCUGCCAAGCGCCUCUGCUACCUCGCCGGAGGCAACGAUGGAGGCGUCGCGGAGCUUGGGCGCAUGGUCGACAGGCUCGGGAGCAUGAUCACCGACAUGAAGGAAUUCGUCGUCUUCCUCAGCGGCUACCCUCGCGUCUGCCGCCAGCAGCCACGCAGCGCGCACCUGCUUCUGGAGAAGUUCAUGUUCGGCCGGCAGAGGGAAAUGGAGCAGGUCAUCAGCUUUCUGCUGCGACCAGAGACCAACGGAGUGGGCGUGCUCCCGGUAGUUGGUCCGGCGAGGAUCGGGAAGAGCACCCUCGUCGAGCACGUCUGCCACGACGAGAGGGUGCGCAGCCACUUCUCCUCGAUUCUUCGCAUGAAUGGCGACGAUCUCGAGGUCGACGAGAAGCUGAAUGAUCCGGGAGACCAUGGCCUGAUCAUCAAACACCCGGGUGAACAUAAUACGUCGCGUAAAAAAAGUUCGCUCGUGAUCCUCGAACUUGCCGAGGACGAGGUCCCGGACGAGGGGAGGUGGCGGAGGCUCUGCUCUUCGGCAUUCUGCAAUGGGAUCGGAAGCAAGAUCAUAGUGACGAGCAGGUCGGAGGCGGCGGAGAGGCUGGGGACGGAGCACGCGCUGAGGCUGAAGUGUCUGAACCAAGAAGCGUACUGGCACUACUUCAAGACGCUGGCUUUCGGCAGCACGAACCCGGAGGACCACCCGAAGCUGGUGUCCAUCGCCAUGGACAUCUGCGCGGAGGAAAAGGGGUCGUUCAUCGGCGCCAACAUUGCCUGCAGCCUGCUCAGGGCCAACCUGGACGCCCGGUUCUGGCUGAGCAUCCUGCAGAACAUGAGGGAGUACACGGAGAAGCACCGCCACCUGUUCGGCAAGCACCCGCACGACCUCCUGCAGAAGAACCGCCAUGUCUACCUGUGGAGGCUGGCCCAGACCUCCAAGUUGUUCGUCUCGUACGGCUGCUACCAGGCCUGCCCUUCCCAGAAGGAUGUUCCCAGGAUAACGUUGCAGGAGGUCCUGUCCGGGAGGCCGGCGCCUCGUGGGAGGUUCGAGGCUCUGGCGUGGCGAUCGCAGAUACCCCCUUGCUACAGCUACCUGAUGAGCUGCUCGGUGCAGACGCCCGUGCCUCAUGUUCAUGUGCUGGCUAGGAAGAACCGAUCCCGGCUGGCCUGAAUUUGUAGAUCUUGUUGCUGUUACUCUGUUAGUUCAUGUAGAUCCAUCAUGUAGGGUCGAUCAAGGUGGGGAUUUGCAUUACAUGUGGUGUAGUAGGCAUGUUCCUUUUUUACUCGAAAGGAGUCAACUUCAGCAUUGUA